UGAGUUAUUUCAAGAAUUUCCAGAAAACUAGCAUGAAAUAUGCGCGCAAAUGGCGUCUUCAUCUCUCGGACUUUUUCGACUAUAAUCAGAAAUCACCACUCUUCAUAUCAUCACUCCAACUCCGAAAUCAAAUCCUUAGUUCAGCAGGGCAAUCAUCGACAAGCCCUACAGUUUUACUCGGAGCAUCUCAACUUCCCAAAUUUCAUUACCUCAAGAUUCAUUUUCCCUUCUCUACUCAAAUCCUGUGCUUCCCUCUCCAAUUCCAUCUACGGAAGCACGCUUCACUCCACUAUCAUCAAAUUGGGCCUUCUAUUCGAUCCUUACAUCGUCACCUCGCUCGUCCAGAUGUAUGUAAAAUGUGGCUCGCUCGCUACUGCACUCCAAGUGUUCGACUUUUUGCCUGAACGCGAGAUUUUGACUUCCGACGUCGCGCUUUGGAAUUCUAUCAUUGAUGGCUGUUUCAAGAAUGAUUUUAUUGAUCAAGGCAUAGGACAGAUCCGACGAAUGCUUGCGAUGAAUGUCAAGCCCGAUGGUUAUACUCUCUGUAUUCUUCUUGGAAAGUCCAAUGCUUGUUUAGGUGUAUCCUUUGGGAGAGAAAUCCAUAGCUAUGCAAUCAGGAACAUGUUUCUUCACGACGCAUUUGUAGUCACCGCAAUGAUUGAUUUCUACUCGAGCUAUGGUAGGCCGAUGGAUGCGUGGAAUGCUUUUGUAAUGUUGGAGAAUAAACACAGCAUUGCAGUUUGGAAUGCAAUGAUCAAUGGCUUCUGUGAAAAUGGUGUUUGGAGAAACAGCUUGCAGUUAUAUUCGUCAGCGAAAAAUGAGGCUCUUGAGCUUGGCUCCACAACAUUUUCAAGUGUUCUCACAGCUUGCUCACAGGGUGAAGCUGUGGAUUUUGGUUGUCAGAUACACUCUGAUUUGGUCAAGAUGGGGUUCGAGCAAGAUUCAUAUGCUAGUACUUCACUACUGACCUUUUAUGCCAAAUGUGGAGUUGUUGAAGAUGCAGAGUGUGUUUUCAAUUUAGUCAGAGACAGAACGGUUGGGAUUUGGAAUAGCAUGAUAUCAGCUUAUGUUAACUGUGGCAAUGCUAAUAAUGCUUUGGAUGUUUACACUAAGAUGCGUUCCAAACAAGUAGAGCCUGAUUUCUUCACCAUUUCUAAUGUGCUAAUAGCAUGUGGUAUGAUUGGAUCGCACCAACUUGGAGAAACGACACACGGAGAGCUAAUCAAAAGGCCAGUGAAGCAGAGUCUUCCUCUGCAGAGUGCUCUGCUGACAAUGUACUCAAAGCUUGGGAGUUUCGAGGAGUCCUGUAAGGUCUUCAAAGAGAUGAGGGGGAAGGAUGUUGUAGCUUGGGGAUCUAUGAUAUCAGGGAGUUUAGAGAAUAGGAAAUUCGAGGAGGUUUUGGUUUUGUUCAAGGGGAUGAUAUCCGAAGGUGUGAAGCCGGACGCUAGUGUUGUUGCAAGCUCAAUUGUUGCUUGUUUAGUAUAUGGUGAUGAGAAACUAGGCUGUUGUCUUCACGGAAUGUCGAUUAAGGAAGGCCUAGAUUUGGAUUCUUGCACAGGUAGAGCUCUAGUUGAGUUCUACUCCAAAUUCAAAAAGGUUGAGAUGGCAGAGGAAGCUUUUUCCAGUGUGUUGGUGAAGAAUUUGGCAGUGUGGAAUGCUUUCAUCUCGUGUAACUCAUUGAACUGCCUCCCAAACAUCUCGAUCAGCCUCCUGCCUCGUGUUCUGCAAGACGGCCUCUGCCCUGACUCUGUUUCAGUCACCCUAGCUCUUGCUGCAGCUGCAGAGCUCGCAGCAUUGCUUGUGGGAAAGGCGAUACACAGUUAUAUCAUAAGAUCCCUUCUAUUUAAAGAAAAUCAAGUGGAGAACACGUUGGUUGAUAUGUAUGCGAAGUGUGGAAGCUUAGUUUAUGCUGAACGGGUGUUCAGGAACAUGGAGAAGAGAGACAUCGUGGCAUGGAACUCAAUGAUUGGAGGCUACGGGUCACAUGGUGAGUGCCAUAGGGCCAUUGGUAUGCUGGAGGAGAUGAGGGAUUCAGGAGCAUCACCUGAUGGGGUGACGUUCUUGUCCCUCAUCUCCUCAUGCAAUCAUAGUGGUCUGAUCGAUAAAGGGCUGAGUCUGUUUAGGUCGAUGAGGGAGAGCGGAGUGGAGCCUAAGAUGGCACAUUAUGUCACCGUGGUGGACCUUUUGGGCCGGGGUGGGCGCGUGGAGGAGGCUUGGGAGUUUGUGGAAGGGAUGACUAUGGUGCCUGAGAGAGGCAUUUGGCUGUCUCUGCUUUCUGCUUGCAAGGUUCAUGGGAGGUUUGAGCUUGGUGAGGCGGCUGCUUAUAAGCUGUUGGAGAUGGAGCCAGAGAAUGGGGGUGGGUAUGUGCAGCUGCUCAACUUGUAUGUCGAGGGAGGGUUUAGGGAGAAGGCGGCAGAGUUGAGGAGUUUGAUGAAGGAGAAGGGAGUGAGGAAGGUGGCUGGGUGUAGUUGGAUUGAGGUGAAGGAUAAGGUGGAGGUUUUCUACUCGGGUGGGACAACAAUGGUGAGCAUUUGUGAGACUCUUGAUGGUCUUAGGAGUAGUAUGAAGAGGGGGGAAUGUGGUUGGGAAGUUGGUGAGACAUUGCUUUAAUCAGUCUGAGGUUGCAAUUAAGUCUUUUUAGCGGAGGGGAGAGAGAGAGAGAAUUGGAAGGAAGGAAGCUGUUAAACAGUUGAAUCGAUGGGGCAUAAGUGAAUACAGAUCCAGGGUAGUUCGACCUCAGGUCGUGCACAA